AUGCUUCUCCGGCUCCUAAUAAGCCUACUAUUCUACACAAUAAUCCUCCCACAGACUCAAGGAUUCGUUCGCAAAACCGAAGCCAAUUUGGACUUUGACAUUCAAAAGGCGCCCGGUGACAAAUACUACAAAGCCGAGGUAAAGGACGAUGAUAUUUUGGACAUGUACCAGAAAUGGGUUGAUACGGGUCUCAGCUCGUUGAUGUCAGCAGUUGCUAAUCACAAGUAAGUCUUACUAUUGCAAUAAUUAUCAUUUUUAAAACUUGAAAUUUUGUUCGAAUUUUUAGACUAAAACGUCAACGAAAAGCAGUUAUUCAAAAGUACGGAGAGUGCUCGUCCGGCGCCACCGACAUUCCCAAGCAUGCAAAGUGUCUGACAAGCCUUUUGAAGAACGAAAUUAAGCAUGAAGUUAAGCGGCGGCCUCGUCGAAGGCUUCAAAAGUACAAAAAAGAUGAUGAUUCUUGGACGGGCGGGUUCCGAAUGGCGCAAAAGACAAAUACGGCUCCAUUGAGUCGAGUGCGGCUACAAAAGUAUGGGUCUUUCCGAGUCAAAAGGUCGAUCGCGACAACGGUGAAGUCGUCCGAUUCCUACGCCUUGAGCACCAACAAAGGGCAACUAACGCCCAUCGGGCAGAUCGCCAAAACUCUGAUGGAAUCGGUGAAGAAAUUAAAGGGCAAAACCGACAUCCCCAAAUGGCAAGAGACCGUGGCCAAGUUGCGGAAGAACGGCGCGAAACGGAAAAAGUUUGCGGAUUUGGUGGAGAAUGACAGUGAGGAAAACAUGCAUCAGAUGCAACUUGGCGGAUUGAAAGAGAAGAUCCUCGGCCGCAAAAAUGAUAUGAUUAAUGAGGAUCUGGAGGAGAUUAUGAAGUCGCCAAAGGAGCUGAAAAAGUUUGUGGAGAAGAAGAAGAUCCCAAAAACGAAAGAGGAAAAGAUUGUGGAGAUCGUGAGGAAUGGGCUGAAGUUGAUGUACAGUUUGGCGGGACAGAACACCACCAACUUUGAUGAGAAAAAUAUGAAAGUCGUGUCGCCCCGGUUCUUGGGGCUGGUGCCGGAGGAAAAGAAAGAGGAUGAGGUGAGAGAUAUUACACCUUAUAUACAAUAUUUUACAAGGAAAGUACUUCUAUGGGGUAUGGAGUUACAGGUCGAAACGUAUAUCAAAAAAUUGCAAAAUUUUUCAGAUUCAGAAUACGUAAAAAUUAGCUGCCCACUUUUGGUUUGUAAGGGCGAAAAACCUUCUGAACCUUUAUCGCAACACCACGGAAAUGCCUUUUUGACCAAGUUUUUACCAAAUCAAAAGCUUUUUUUUUGAGCUAAAGUAAACCUUGACAUCUUGACAAGCCUUACAAUAUCAAAUUCGAUUAAUACUGCACCUUAGUUCCAAUAUAAAAAGGGGGCAUUUGCGGGGUGUUGCGAUAAAAGUUUCGAGGUGUUUUUUCGCCCUUACAGACCAAAAUUGGGCAGCUAAUUUCUAUAUAUUCUAAAUCAGAAAAAUUUAAAGAUUUUUUCGAUAUAUAUCUCGAGCUAUAACUCCAUACCCCGUAGAAGUACAGUUAAAAAAAUUUUGAGCUAAAAAGCCCAUUUUUCGCGACCUUUGAUGAACAAAUCUAAUCCAAAUCAUUUUCAGAUCAGCCUAAUCUCCCCCUCACUGUUCUCCCUUCACGAUGAAGGCGAAGGAAUUGAAAAACUGACCAGUCUUCCCAAUCUCCUGAAAGGCUUUUCCGGCCAGGAUCAACAACUCUGGCUGGAUGUGAUUAUGGAAGCGGCCGGAGUGAACGAGGAAAGCAAAAGGUUGGAGCAGGAUGUGAAAGAGAUUGAGAUGAGCAAAACCCGUUCAUUGAUGACGAAUAUUACCAACCUAAUCGACGAAAAUGGCGCUCCAUUGUACGCGACAAAAGAGAAUGUUACGGAGAUGGGAGCAUCGCCAGAGUACAUUGAGUUGUUUGAGAGGCUGCAUCAGAAUUACACGAAAGAUCAGGUAGGUAUAACUGUUGGGAGGAGAAAAAACUUGUUGCCUUAAAGCGUUAAAAAUACCCAAAAAAAAAUCUCCAAAAAUCUUUCCAAAUAUCCUUCCUAACCCCAACUUCAAGACCUCAUCUUACAGUGGGGGACCUGACACAGUGGCAAAAAACGUAUCAUUUUGCAUCCAGGAGGUAUAAAAAAUGUAGCAAAAUACCUCCCUCUCCAAGAGAAAAAACUCUGAUUUCAAAAUCGCGCCCUUCAAAAUGGAGUUUUUUAGUUCGACAGGGAGGCAUUUUGGCACAUUUUUUGACACUUCCCGGAUGCAAAAUAGUACGUUUUUUGCCAAUGUAGGCAAUGUUUUGAUCUCCUUCUCUAAGUGAAAAAACUCCGACUUGAAAAGCGCGCCCGCUCGUUUUGUAAGAAGCCCUUCAAAACUGAGUUUUUUAGUUGGACAGGGAGGCAUUCUGCCACAUUUUUUGAUACUUCCCAAAUGCAAAAGGGUACGUUUUUUGCCACUGGAUCAGGUCCAUCACUGUGCUUUUCAGCUGCUCCAAAUGAACACCACCGGAUAUGCAGUCCUCAACAAGCAUCAAAUUGAGAUGCUCUAUGGCCCCAACUCUCCCCAUCACGAUCCGAAAGUCUAUCAGAGAUUUAUGAACAUGACAGAAGACCAAGUUCACGACCGUUUGCAUACAGAGUUCGAAAUGAUGUCUCAAAUGGAAAGAGUGAAAAUCGACGAAAAGGCGUUUAGUAAAGCCCAAGGCGUCGCGCAUGCCCGGCGACGGAAGCGUCAGUUAUUGUCUGGCCUCAUCCUUUCGCCGAUUCUUUUAACUAACGUCGUUCUAAGUCCCCUUCUAGCGUCCCAACCGUUCAUUUUGUCGCCGGUUGUACUGAGCACACUAAUUCUGUCUCCGUCGGUGUUUGGAGCGGUCGUUUUGUCGCCCUGGUUGUUUCUGCCGGUCGUAUUGUCACCCCGUGUUUUGGGUAGUUUAAUUCUCUCGCCAUUUGCAUUCUCUCCCCUUAUCUUGUCCCCAUUCGCAUUGCAUCCGGCUAUUUUGUCGCCAGGACUGUUCUCACCCAUCAUCUUGACCCCGCUACUGUUGCUCCCCCUCAUCUUGUCCCCGCAAUGUUUUACCCCGAUUAUUUUGUCGCCGCUUUGCCUGGCCCCGGUUAUUUUGACCCCCAUGGUGGGGUCGCCGCUUGUUCUAUCGCCUUUUGUUCUAUCGCCCAUCAUUGCGUCGCCUCUGGGCUUGGGGGCUCUAGUUCUGUCGCCGUACGCGCUUUCUCCCGUCAUCUUUAGUCCGCUGAUCAUUUUUGCCGUCAUCUUGUCACCGUCUUGGCUUAGUUAA